CUUAUCUGUUGUAUAUAUGCAUGCUUACUUAGUUGUAAGUGGCAGCACCUUAAAGUUGUUAUUUAUAAAAUAAACAUAAUAACAAUAAUGACAGUAAAUAAACAACUUUAUGAUGAGAAAAAUAAUAAUAUGGUGGCUAUUUCACGAAUAAAUAUACAGAUAAAUAUCUGUUUUAUUAUUAUCAUUACUAUUAUUAUCUCAUUAAACUUAUAUUUGUCUAACUGUUUAAAUUUCAUUAAAUGGAAUAAUUUAAAUUGAUAGAAAGCAAAGAAUUGAAGUCAUCUUAGUCAAUGAAAUUAAAUUAGGCGGGAAAUUAAUUUUAAAUCAUGGAAUUGAUACAUUUAAACAAAAAUCCGUUCAAUAAUUCAACCGGAAGUAAUAAUUUCUACAGAAAUAAUAAUAACAAUAAUAAUAAUGAUACUGAUAUGAAUUUAAUAAUACAACUUGGUAAAGAAUUACAAAAACGUAUUGGUAUACUACCAAAAGUUGAAAAUUAUACAUUCAUAUUAAAGAAUUCAUCUAGUCAACAAAUACAUAUGUUAUAUGUUAAACCAAAAUCAUAUAGUGAAAUAUCACGUACUAUUAGAGCAGCAAGAACAAUGAAAUUAAUUGUACGUGGAUGUGGUCAACAAUCAUCUUAUAAUAUAAAUAUAUAUGGUAAAUAUAAAACUGUAUUAAUUGAUUGUACAGAAUUAUCAGAUUCAUUAAGAAUACAAUUUGUUAAUAUAAAGCGUAAGAAUGAAAUAAAAGAAAUACAAGGAUUAAAAAUUUUAUCAUGUGUUACUAUAAAUGAAUUAAUCAAUUAUCAAAUAAGUCAUAAUAUUGAAAUUAAUCAAUCAAUUGAUACUUGUUCAUUAUAUGGAACAGUUGUUGGAUCAAUUGUAACUACACAAUCAGGAAUAGUUGGACCAAAUAGUAAUGCAAUUGGUAGUUGUUUAACUGAUGAAGUGAUUACUAUUCGUAUAGUUGAUUGUCAUGGUGAUUUAAUUGAAUAUUCAAGUGAAGAGGAGAUUAAAGCAGCUGUUUCAAAUUUAGGCUUAUUAGGAAUUGUCUAUGAUGUAACAUUGAGAUAUAGUCCAAUUACAUUGACAAAGGUGAAUUAUAAAUUUUAUAAAUGGGCUGAUAUACUGGAUAGUGAGAAGGCUAUACUGAAGAAUGCACUAACCACUGAUCAAUCGAUUGAACUUAUUUACUUACCUUACAAUAGUUGUCCUACUGUUAAGAACAAAAAACUCGCUACAAAUCUACACGAAAACACACCUGUUGUCAAGGAAAUUGAUGAUGACGUGAAUAAUAAUAAUAAUAAUGAAGGAAAGGCAAAUAAACAACUGGACUUAACAUCAUGGAAUAGUCAACAAGAUGAAGUAUUACUGCGUACAACACAACGUUUAUCGUCAAAGAUGACUAUAGAGAAUCCUUAUACUUCUGUCACACCAACGGCGACAACAACAGCUAUUGUUAACUCAGAGGAUAGUCAAAAUGAGAAUGAUGAUCCUUUUAUGUAUUAUGACUCUGAUCCACAACAGUUUGUCUAUCUAUUAGAUGAAGUAUUUGGACCAUUUAUCAAUGAAUUUAUUGAACAACCGUGUAAUACACCGAAAUUGUUAAAAACAGCACAUAAAUAUCUGAAGUAUAAGUAUUGUCCACAACCAACAACUAUUCAGUAUACACCAUGGGCAUUGAAUUCAUUUGGUAAAUUUAAAGAUCCAUUUCGAAUAAUCAAAUUUACAAUGGAAACAGACUAUGAACUGAAUCAAUUUAUAUUGGCAAUUUAUACCAUUCUUGAUGUUCUACACAAAAUAACCGGUGAUCAACUUAUAAAUGGAGUGAACAAUUUCUCAGUCAAUCUUGGUCUACGUGUGCAAUUUACCCGAGGUACUACAAAUGGUCGUCUAAUGGGUGUUGGAUUAGAGAAUGACAACCAACCAGAUCGUAGACAACUUCUCCUAGCGCAUAUAACAUUUAUGGGGUUAACAUCAUCUAGUACAAAUAAGUUGUGGAAUGAUGCUGCUAGUCAAAUUGUUACUACAAUGUUAACUAAAAUACCAAAUUGUAUGCCUCAAUGGAAAACAGAAUGGCAUGUUGAAGAGCUUAUGUUCAAUAAGUUUCGUGAAGCAUUGAAAGAACAAGCUGAACCAUUGAAAAAAUUAAUAGCAAUAGCUGAUCGUGAUGGAAUGUUUCUAAAUGAACACUUGGCGUCGAUUUUCUACUCAAAAUUAACAUUUUACCAAGAUUUAUAUCAAUCACAACGAAAUAAUUAUUUGUCAACCAUUUAAAAAAAAGAAACAAUAACAAAUACUUAUUGUUUAAAACAAAUGAAAUUCAUUCCACUGUUGAAAAGUGAACACUGAUUGUUUUAUUUACAGUUGUCAUUGACUUAAAAUUAGUGAUGAAUCCAAAGCCAGGUUAACACUUCAAGGAUUUAGAAGUCAUUACCAGCAGACAAGGGUGGUAUUCCUGAAAUAAAUUCUUAUUAAUUGUUUGAGAAAGAAAUGUUUUUCCCUUUUC